AUGUUAUCAAGAUUGAAUCUUCUUCGACGAGGAUAUAUUCUUCCUCAAAUUAUCCUAACAAAAUCUCGACCAAUGCAGUUCACUAGAUCAUUAGCGACCGUCAAUGAUUCGCCAUCAACACCUGCCCCUAAGAAGACGCAGCCAACCAUACGUAGUUCUAUGUCCGCAGGUGAAAUCUCUGAACUUGUUCUUCGGCGACUUCAUUUUCGUGAACAACGUGGAUUAGUGAAAGCGCUGAUCAUCGGAUCGGGAAUCGUGAUCGUAUCGACUGUACUCUUCCUAUACGUUUUUCGGACACCGCUAAAAAACCAAACAGUCGCACAAGUAGCCGAUGUGGCUAAAAGUAGCUUAGAGCAAGAUAGUGUUAAACAACAAGUGAAUCUGUUAUCUCAAGAAUUGAUCCAAAAUUUACUAUCAGAUCCGAGCAUCUUAUCGAAAUCGUUGGUUUUUCUCGAGCGUGUUAUGGAUAAUCCAUCGACGAAAGACACAUUAAUUCGUCUUCUACAACGUUUGAUGACUGAUAACGAAAUGCAGAAAAAUGUUUCAGAAUUUACAUCCCGUAUCAUUUAUGAUGUAAUGAAAAAGCCUGAAACUGAAAUGCAAUUAGGACAAUUACUUCGUGGUGCUAUCCUACAGAGAGAUAAUCAAGAUGCACUACGUAUCUUACUGAAAGAUUUUAUUGAUGACGAAAGAACGAGACAAAUGUUAGCCACUUUAGCACAUGAUAUUGCUCAUCAAGUGUUAAAUGAUGAGAGUGUCAAAACAGCAGCGACGACAUUUGUUAAAGAUAUUCUUAAUGAUACUGGCUUACAACAACAAAGUGGCGAUUUUGCUUGGAAUGCAGUGAAAAAUGCUUUGAAACCGAAAUGGUUUACUAGUCAUGCGAAGUCGCCAGCAUCGAGUCAAAUUGACAAACAAAAACUCGAGGAGAAUCUUUCGGAAUCCGAUUUUGAAAGUUCUAUUAUUCUUCCGCCGUUCUCGCGAUCAUCUUCAUAG